AUGAUUAUUAGUGACAGCAGUGAAGUCACCGUCAUUACUAGUAACAGCAGCAGAGCAACAAACCACCACCACCAGCAUAGGUACCGUUACUAUCAGCAGCAGGACAUCAACAACACAACAGCAGAACUAUCACCAUCAUCAGGCAGAGCUAUAAUCAUCAGCUGUAGAAUCCAGUUCAGCGUUAAUAGCCAGUUUAGCAGAAAGUUCCGCAGCUUCCAGGGCGCUGCAACAUCCAGGAAUGUUACGACAAAAAUCAACAUGCAUCGCAUCCAUCUAAUUCAUGUGUCACAGCCAACAGUGUAUCGUAAUGUAGUACAAGAUAGAAUUGAAUAUCUUCCUUUUGUGAUUUCAGUAUUUGACUUCAUUAACAAUAAGUUCUCUGAAGAAAUAUCUCUGAAACUAAAUGACACAUUAGAUGUUGAAGAUGCUAAUAUCUUUGUGGAGGAAUUGGGUUCACCAGAUGAAUCGUCAGCUCUCAAGGAAGAAGAUUUUCAGGUUGGUGAUAUGGUCACUGAUGACGAAGAGGGAGAGGCAAAUUAUUCCGAGAGUCUUGCCGGCGGCUACAGUGAGAGUGAGGGAAUGGCGGAUACAGCAUCUGUAAUCAGCAUCCCACUCUUCGAACCAGAGAGCUCGUCAAGCAUUGCCGGGAACAAGCAGUCGAGCCACAGCCGCCUGUGCCGCGUGUUCCGUGGGCUGGUCUGCUGCAACGGUGGCCACUGCCUCUGCUCCCAGGGGCAAACAAGGCGUGCCUACCGCCAGAUCCCGCAUCUCAUCCCCAGGGCGAUGCACACGGUGUGGCAGCGGCGAGGACUGCUACGCUGGUGGGUUCGAGGCAGCACAUUCCCGGAUGACGGCCGCUGCCUGCACACUGUGGUUCUGGAUGGGCCAGCGUCGAGCGUCAGUGAUUCUAACUGAUCAUUAUGCAGUACAGAGCGACCUCUAGGCCUAUCAGUGAACUUUCCUACUCUAGAAGGAUCUUUCCCCAAGCUUUCUGCAAAUUUUACUUUUCGUGUGUCCAUUUGUCUGAUGCAACCAGCUUCGAUUUUUCAUCUCAGAAACUGAAUUGCU